GCCAGCGGAGCCGACGACGCAGCGGCCAGCAGGAGUUUUAGGAGAGUCGCCGUGGUGUGCAGAGAGAAAAGGGGUCCGUAAUAUCAAAGCCCAUUUUACUUUUCUUUCGCAGCCUUAUUUUCUCGGUAAAGCCAGUGGGUGCCGCCAUCCAGUCCGAACCGAUUGCAAAAAACUUUGAGGGGAUCGAGAAACGCGCUGACGGACUUAAUGUGAAGGGUCGAGAGCUCUUCGCAUCCGCCGCUUUGAUCCAGUGUUGGUGAGGUUGCGAAAGGUCUAGGCCUAAACUUGCAGCCGAUCGGCGCUGAGAAGGAGCGAUGCAUCCCGACAAGAAGGCGUGGCUCUGGGUAGUUGUAUUGGCGUCUCUACUUUGCACGGUGUACUCGUCUACCAUCAAGGACAAAUCUAAAGACUCCGAGGAAUGGGACUUCGAGUUCGAGGAGCACUCGCGGGAUGAGACUUCGACGCAGAAGGAUUCCAUGAAAGAUCUGAAAGCGACAUAUAACGCUUGGUCUUUCGCCGAUGCCGACCUCUGUCGCACCGUUCAAUGCAAGCCGACGCAGGAGUGCUUGAUUCAAGAUGAAAACACUGCGAUCUGUGUCAGUGCAAAGAAAGUCAAGAAAAUGAAGAAGGCAUCUCUGUCAGGCAGCUGGGGCAGCUAUGACAGAAAGCAAAGCACGGCAGUGCCGUCCACAUCAACUGCAGCCAGCGCUGGCAGCACGGCAGCGCUCAGCACCACUAGCAAGCCAUGGAGCAGUGCAGAGGCGGAAGAUGACGACGACGACGACGACCAGUAUCUGGAAGAGGACAGCAGCCAAGAGGAAGAGCUGCGCUGCCCACCAUGUCCCGUGUUCAAGGCAGACUAUGUGUGUGGCACAGACAACCAAACAUAUUCAUCUGAGUGUCGGCUCCAAUACCACAACUGUCGCCAGCGCACUUCAGUGCAGGUCUCCUGCAAGGGAUUCUGCCCCUGUAAAGCUGUGAAAAGCCUGGAAGAACAACAACGGGAAAGUCGACAGAAGGCCCGGUGGGACCGUUACAUGGCAAAGUUACAAAAUACUAUUGACAAGGAGAAGAAAGCCAACAAGGAUGCAACAGGCAAGCCUGCUGCCUUCAACAACAGGCUGAAGUCCAAGUACAGUUCCAAGGACUCGUGGACUAACAAAGACAGCCAUAAUUCCGUGUUGACAAACAAGGCGUCUUCUCCUGUCAGCAAAGACAAAGGGUGCACAAACGACGAUCUACAGGCCAUGGGCGACCGGCUGCUUGACUGGUUUUCAGUGGUCAUGAGCGACCACCAACUGAGCACCCAAGUGUCCACAAGACGGAGGACCCACAGAGUGUCCGACUAUCACCUACCAGAGUGCAAGCCAGAAGUGGGCUGGAUGUUCCACCACCUCGACUCGGAUGGGAACCUUUUGCUGACGCUGCGUGAGCUUUAUGACCUGGAGCACGAUGAUCGCGAACGCUGCCUCCAACCAUACCUGGCUGUUUGCGACCUCAACCGAGACUCAUUUCUCAGUACUAUAGAGUGGUGUGCUUGCUUUAACAAGUCCCAACGACCGUGUGCAGCAGCUUUGAGGCGUGUUACACCUGGUCUGAUGGGGGCAUACAUCCCACAGUGUGACGAGGAGGGUUACUUCUUGCCAGCCCAGUGCCACAGCAGCGCUGGCAUGUGCUGGUGCGUUGACCGUCAUGGCGCCGAGUUCGCCAACACACGCCGGAGAGACCGGCCUGACUGUGAAUCGCUGAUGAACAAGACCAAUCGUGACAAGUCACUUGAGGAUGACACAGAAGAGGACAGUGAUGAAGUUAAGGACAAAGAUGAAGGAUCGGGAGACCGCAUUCAGGACUUCUGAACAUCUUUCCCAAAGCGUGGCCUUUUGGGCCUCACCUGUUCCUUUGCCCCUCCCCCUUUACGAUUCACCACCGUUUCUCCUUGAUGCACCCGCUUGUUCUGUCGGUGAUAGCAAGUGCAAUAGUCUGGGCCUCAUCUCUUCUGGUUCACGGCCAGGAACAAAAAAAAAAAUAUCGGGCUGUGGUUGUCAGAAGGGACCGCAUUUGUCUUCAACAGUUGUCCUGACACAAGUGUGUUUCAUUUUAGUGGGAACUGACAGCAGUAGUGGCAUUCUAAUAUGAAAACAUUGGCUCUACUUUUUGCAAGCCACAGGUUUGUCUUUCAUCAUAGGUGCCCUAUGUUUCGUUGUUACAAUUGAAGAAUUGUUUUUUCAGUGGAACUGAGAACAUUUUUGUUAUUGUUACAUUGAAGAAGUCUCAACAGUAUAACUCAGCUGUCGCAGCAAUUGAUCAAAAUUUAUCAUUUGUUACCUCACCCAUUUAGUGUGGACUCCUUAGAAGUAAUAAUGGACAGAUGAGAAAUGUGUGAGCAUGGAGUGCUGUUAUAUAUGAUGUACAAGAUUCUUUAAAGCUUUUAUUAUUUGCCCUGUUAUGUUGCACUCUCAUAAUCACUUUUAUUUUGCAACCUGUUACAGAUAGGCUCAAAUGAUCUGGUUUGAGGGUACAUAUACACUUUGUUAACCUAUAUAUGCAUUUUAUUUGCUCUGGGCAAUUUAUGAUUACCAGUGCUGAUAAUUUCAGCGUGUUUCGCUCAUUUUGUGAAUGCUUCCCUGCAUUCAUCUGGGCAACAAUGUCUUAAUUUGAGGGCAUGAUUUAGUUAUGUCUUUACCUAGUUUUAUUGUAUUCUAGAGCACAGUGAAGGACAAAUUUUUGUGGGCUACGUAAAAGUUUUAGAAAAACCAAGGCUUGCUUUUACAAAGCUUGUAGCUUAUAUCUUGAGUAUGUCUGUUUGGAGCUAGGAGAUACAAAUAUCUUUUAAAACACUUAUUUACUGUAUUUUUUUUUAAAUGUGUGUAGUGCUCUGCGAGAAUACUUUUACAGUUUUGUCCAUAUUUGCUAACGGUGUAUUUAUUAAACAGCAAGAAUGGCUUUAAUAACUGGCACAUGUUUAAUGCUUGCCUUUGCUUUACUUACGUGAACCUUAUUUUUAUUAACACACUGCGUCACAAUUUUUUGGUUGUUGUUGGUUGUGCUAAUUUUGUAAAAGGCUUAAUUAUGUCAUGUGGUGGAGUUUAUUUUGCUUACUCUGUGAAGCCAUGUGUUUAUGCUGUGCCAUUGUUGCUUUCUUUGUUUUGUUUGUAUGCAUUCUUAAUGUUCCUGAGUCAUAAAGGCCUAUAUUUGUGUAUGCAGGAAAAAUGUGAGUCUUUUAGCAACCUAUGUUUCAUAGAAUUUGCAGAAAGCCAACAGAAUCCAAGUCUUCCAUUUAAGUUGAGUGCCACAUGUAUUAUCUUUGUUAAAGGUGUGUUUAUUUAGCUUUGUGUUUUAGCCUGUGAAAGAAUAUCAGUGGCUCUCAUUGAUGUUUAUUUUCUUGAAGUCACAAGCUUCUGCAGUGUUGUGUUUGCAUUUUCUGGUUGUUUAUGAGGAAUUAUUUGGGACUGACGUUGGAAAGAGAGGUGUAAAUGCAGUUUUAACUGCUUUUGAAUCUCACUUGUUUCACAGCAACGGGCUUAUAAGAUUGCACGCACCUUAAUUAUUAGUAAGCUGUGUUCCAGCAUGCCGAUUCAGUGAUUUAGUGUACAAAGACUUCUGUGAUAAUAGGUCAGUUUGUACCACACUAGUUUGCUGAAUCUGAUAUUCUCUCUUCCACGUGCACCAAUAUUGCAUCCUACAGUAAUUGGAAAAUGUUUUAGUUAAGAUUACAUUGUGCUGAGCUGGUGUAGGUAAGACUGACACAGAUGACUGCACGCCACAUGUGGGCAAAUUCACAAGCUACGUGCAUCAGUUUUGCUAACAUUGGCAUGCAUCAAUAUAACUCGUGUCAAUGUUUUUUUUUUCCAUUGUUAUGAACAGUUCCUUGCACAUUUAAGUUUCACGUAAGCAAUGUAAUUUUCAGGCGUUUAAUCUUCCUGAGCCAGUAUGAUGAUUCCUUGCGCAUUUAGCAAGGAGGAUAUCAAAAACAAGUCUGUGAGGGAAGAAAGCUCUAGCUUGCAACAUAUAUUUAUUUAAAUUCAGAAUCCUUCUUGUGGGUUAGUUGAUAGUCUUGUUUCUCUUCGCCUGAAAAGCUGAAACUGAACACGGAGUUUCAUUUACACUUCUUUGAAUCUCAUUCUUGUUAUCAAUAACUGUAUCUUUAUCCACCAUUCAGUUUCUCAAGGUAUGGUUCCAUGCCAGCAGUCAGCCUGACCAAUAAAACUGUGCAGUUUGAAACAUGCUAAGGCACAGGGAUGUCAAAACUCUCGAGUAUGAAUCUCAUCGUGAUUAUGUUACUGAACAGUGGUGUCUACUUAAUGUAAUAUUAAAUAUCAUGCCUCUAGAAAACUUUGCCUGAAAGUCCGUCGAUCAACCAAUGAUGUGCCCAGAGAAAAAAAGAAUGAAGGCAUGCUAUAAGCUAGGCUUCUUUUUUUCUGUUUUGAUUGUAAACCAUAUCUCAUGUUUCAUAUAAGGUUAGUGUUAAUAAUCUGAGCAUUUCUUAUUGCAGUAUUCUGAGGGCACUAUAAAUAACUCAGUGGUUUUUUUUUUUUUCUAGGCAUGACAAGCAUGUUUCAUGUAGAAUUGCUAGUAUCAGUUUCCUCCAUAGUGUGUUGCACAAAUGUUUUAUGCUGAUGUGUUUUAGGCACACAUGGAUUACCUUGUCAAGGGCCUGAGUUUACAUUUAAAGCAUUUAAAUGACUUGCCAUGCAAAUCUUGCUAAAUGCAUUUAUAGGCAUGGGUGGUGACAACAGCAUCAUUAACCUUUGAAGCAACAUGUGCACUUUUGCAUAUCUAAAGUGUAUCUAUGAAGCCCGUUACUCGUGGAACAAACCUUUUGGGGUUCCUUUUUUUUACGUGUGGAAGCAAGAGGUACAUUCCAGUGAAGGCCAUGAAAGAAACUGCUGCUGUUGGUGUAAAAGUGCAUAGUUUUUGGGGGCUGGUAUGUUGGCUGGUAAGUUUGCUAUGGCCUUUGUUUAUUGUUCCCUGGCUUGGCUUGAUAUCUGUAUAUUGCUUUUCCUUCUUUUUUGUGCAAAAAGCAUAGAAGCAAAAGUGAGAACUGCCUUGGUGAUAGACUUUUUUUUGUGCAUGCUAUCUGUUCUGUGACCUAAGAGCAGGAACUGCUGUGAGCCUUUAUGUGGAAUCAUCAUGUUCUGUAUGCAUGUUUUUAGCACUUACAGAAUCUAGCACCUACAGAAUUAGCGCAUGUGCAGACUUUAGUGUGUGCAGAAUAUUUGUGAUCUGUGCACCUGUUUUACUGCAUUUCCUGUCCCUCCGUCUUAACCUCCAAGGCAAGGGGGUGACUUUUGAGGGUGUACAUUUGUGUUCUCAAAAGUCUUGUGUUGGUGUUUCAAUCUGCUCAGAAACUGAGCAUAGUCUGACAAAGCAGAUGCUGUUGUAUUUCUCAUUGUUUUUGUGACCCCUAGAUACAGGUUUGAAACUGUAAUAUAUUGAAAAGUGAGAAUGCCAAAAAAAAUCCACUUAAGCCCAGUAUUCAUAACAGCAAUUCUCCAAUGUAUGCCAACCACCAUAAGCAAGAAGCUGGGAACUGCAUCAUUGUUGUGCUGUCAAGUCCUGUAUGUGGCCGAGCUGAUGUUCAGCUGAAACAAGGGGACCCGUACAUUUUGCUGUUAUUACUGUUAAAAUGCCAAUGCUUGUCUCGGGCUUAGCUGUCUAAAAUAUGUGAAAAUCUUCUUUGAGCAAAUUUUGUGAUGUCGAAACUGCACAAAGAAAGUUCAGUUGCACAGGUGUCUGCGAGUAUUCUCAAGCAUACUGCAUUCUGUUUUUGGCUGUCAACACUGUGUGAUGGCCUUCUUAACUCUUACUUGAAAUUGGCAUGGUCUGUGGCACAUAGUGACCGUGGAAAGUAGUAUAUUGCCAUUUUUCUCUACUUAAUGGAAGUUGCUUGUGACAUUUUAUCAGAUGAGUGACUGGAAGGAUUAGUCCUGGGAUUAAUGGGACUAGUGGAUGGUAGUCCACAAUGCAUAACUAGCAUCUUUGUUUAACAAAGUGUAGCAGUACAAAUGUCUUCUUUUCUUAUAAGUGCCAUCCGAUGUUUUUCUGUAUGCAUUUAUGCCACAUGUAUUUACUACUUGCAUAUGGUCAUGGUAACCACUAUGUAACAAUGUUUUUGUAGGCUGUGAUGAAUAAAGUACCACUACGAGACAUAAAA